AUGAAUCAAGACCAAUUUGAGAACGAGGGAGAUCCUUAACAGCAAUUCUUGGAAGCUUUUAAGGAGCUGUUGGAGGUUUAAAAUUAGAGGAUGUAUAAUGGAAAUGAUAUGUUAAAUUAGUAUUGUCCUCAAUUGUAAUACCCGGUGAUCUUGCCCACGCAGAUUCCAAACACUUUCAUUAUCAACAUGGGUCCCUAUUACCCUCACAUUUAGUAGCCUCAAUUACAUCCAUAACAGACUCUUUAAACAAGACUAGCACCCUAAAUCUCUUAGAAUUAGCAACAUAACCAUUAGAACAUCAAAGAGGAAGAACAUGAUGACAAUAAAUAAUCCAGGAAUUGGCUAUAAUAGAGAAAAUGA